GCCACCAAGACCGCUGGCUCCCUCCUCCUCCUCCGUCCGCCACCAGAAAUGGGAGAUAAACACGUUUGGUCAAACGAUCAACUAAAAUGCUUGCUUGAAACUUGCAUUGAGGAGGUUAACAAAGUGGGUAGAAAAGGCUUGAGUUUGCACAAAGAAUCUUGGACUAGGCUAGGAAACGUUCUCAAGGAAAGGUUUGGCAUUGAUUUGGCUCAAAAACAAAUGAAAAACGCUCAUGACAAUCUUAAAGCCAAGUAUGUAGGUUGGUGUUAUUUGAGAGAAAAAACCGGUAACAUAUACAACCCGCAAACAAAUAUGUUUACAUUAACCAAUGAGGAAUGGGAGGAUUUUAAGAAGGGGCAUCCGAAAGCUGGAGGUUUGAAAACGGGUCCGUUACCUUUCCCCGAACUAUGCGCACAGCUGUUUGAUGGUAACACCGCUACUGGGAAUUCCAGGUGGACCCCAACCCAAGUGACAUCGGGUGUUGGAUCUAAUAGUAAUCGGGGUCAGUCACUGAUGCUUAUGGACUCUGUUUUUAAUGAAGUGGAAGAUGAUGCUGGCACUUCAGAGGGCCCUACCGAGCCCACUGCCGAACCCACUCCUGAGCCUACUCAUGAGCCUAACCCAGAGGGCAAUCCAAAGAAAAAAGACAAAAACCUCCAAAAAAACUAUCAACAGUGA